AUGGCGGACGAUGGCGACCUCACAGCCGCCGAUGCGGAGAUCGAGGAGAUGCAGAAGAAGGUAGCCGAAAUGGAAGAAGAGGCAGAGAAGCUGAAGAAACUCACCGACUCGGUCGACGAGACGGGAGAUGGUGUGGACCGAGAAGAGGUCGACAAGCGAUCCGUGUACGUGGGUUCUGUGGACUGGGGUGCGACUCCCGAAGAAUUGCAGGAGCACUUCAAGACCUGCGGGCAAAUCAAUCGAAUCACGAUUUUGGUCGACAAGUUCACCGGCCAUCCGAAGGGCCGCGCCUACAUAGAAUUCGGCGAUGAGCAGAGCGUGCAGAACUCGCUAUUGCUGAAUGGCUCCCUCUUCCGUGGGCGUCAGCUAAAGGUGAUUCAGAAGAGGACCAACAUCCCCGGCUUCAACAAGGGCAAGGGUAAAGGAAAGGCCAAAGGCAAAGGGAAGGGAAAAGGCUACUACGAUCCCUGGGCCGAUCCCUGGGCUGACCCGUACUAUGGCUACGCGCCCUGGAGGAAGGGCUACAAAGGCAAGGGCAAAGGGUAUGCCCCAUACUGA